GCAAGACAGUUUCUCAUCUGUUUAAUUCUAUCUCGAUUGAUCCUGAUUAAACCGUCAUAUUGCGGGUUAUAAUCUAUGCCUUUACUUUGGGAAUUGUGUAAUAUUUGUUAGUUAAUAAUUUAAAUGGCCACGUUCUUUUUUCGCAUUUGUUGUAUACAAUAAUUUCAUUAUAUAUUAUAGAGUUCAGGAUUUUAUUUACUUGAAGUUAUUGUGCUUUCCUUUGCAUCAACAUGGUGUUGUUAGUGAAAGCAAGGGGUAUGCGUAUGACAGCGCAAAAGCAAGAAACACUCUUAAAAUUAACUGUGCUUUCUUUAGCAGCAAUCUUAUCAUUUGCCACACGUUUGUUCUCAGUAUUAAGAUUUGAAAGUGUUAUUCAUGAAUUUGAUCCUUAUUUCAAUUACCGCACAACAAAAUAUUUAGCUGAAAAUGGCUUUUAUAGCUUUCAUAAUUGGUUUGAUGAUCGUGUUUGGUAUCCACUUGGCAGAAUAAUAGGAGGAACCAUAUAUCCUGGUUUAAUGAUAACUUCUGCAGCACUGUAUCGUCUCUCAUGGUUACUGAAUAUUACAUUAGAUAUACGUAAUAUUUGUGUCUUCCUUGCUCCAUUGUUCUCAAGUUUAACUACAAUCAUUACUUAUCUGCUGACUAAAGAAUUGAAGGAUUCCGCGUCAGGCCUAUUUGCAGCUGCAAUGAUUGCUAUUGUACCCGGUUACAUAUCUCGAUCAGUUGCAGGAUCAUAUGACAAUGAAGGCAUAGCAAUCUUUUGUAUGUUAUUCACCUAUUACAUGUGGAUCAAAGCUGUAAAGACUGGAGCAAUAUGUUGGGCUACGUGUUCUGCAUUGGCAUACUUCUACAUGGUAUCCUCAUGGGGAGGAUAUGUCUUUUUGAUCAAUUUGAUACCAUUGCAUGUGCUGACCUUGAUAGUGACUGGCCGGUUUUCCCACAGGAUAUACAUUGCGUACAGUAUUUUGUAUUGUUUAGGCACAAUUCUAUCUAUGCAGAUAUCGUUUGUUGGCUUUCAACCAGUUCAAAGCUCCGAGCAUAUGCUUGCAUUGGGUGUUUUUGGUCUCUGCCAAAUACACGCGUUAGUAGAUUAUCUACGGAGCAAGCUAUCGCAAAAGGAGUUUGAAAUGUUAUUCCGUGCUCUUGUCAUUAUAGUGGUUACUACAUCAUGCGCAGUUGGUGGUAUUUUAACUAUUACAGGGAAAAUAUCACCAUGGACUGGACGCUUUUACUCGCUGCUUGAUCCAUCUUAUGCAAAAAAUCACAUUCCAAUAAUUGCUUCCGUUUCGGAACAUCAGCCAACAUCAUGGAGCUCCUUCUACUUUGAUCUGCAGAUACUUGUAUUUUUGUUCCCAUUAGGCUUAUAUUUCUGUUUUUCUAAGUUGACGGACUCAAACAUUUUCCUAAUUUUGUAUGGAGUUACCAGUUUAUAUUUUGCAGGAGUGAUGGUACGUUUGAUGUUGGUACUCGCCCCUGUAAUGUGCAUUUUGGGUGGAAUUGGAGCAUCUUCUUUACUAGUUACGUAUAUGAAACAAGUUGAAGGUUCCAAGGUUACUGAUAAGAAAGCCAAGAAAUUCGAAAGUAACUAUGUCUUAAGAAGUGAGAUUGCUAUGUUCUUUAUCUCGAUCAUGUGUAUACUCUUCUUCUCUUAUACUCUUCAUUGCACGUGGGUUACGGCAGAAGCUUAUAGCUCACCUAGCAUCGUAUUGUCCGCACGGUCGCCUGACGGUGGACGAAUGAUUUUCGACGAUUUUAGGGAAGCAUAUUAUUGGCUACGUAUGAAUACACCCGAGAAUGCUAAAGUAAUGUCUUGGUGGGACUAUGGCUAUCAGAUAACUGCAAUGGCGAAUCGUACUAUUCUAGUAGACAAUAACACGUGGAAUAAUACGCACAUAUCAAGAGUUGGCCAGGCAAUGGCAAGUUCCGAAGAGAAGGCUUACGAGAUAAUGAGAGAAUUGGAUGUCAACUAUGUCCUCGUGAUUUUUGGUGGACUUACUGGAUACUCAUCAGACGAUAUAAAUAAGUUCCUAUGGAUGGUGCGUAUCGGCGGUAGUACGGAGAAAGGAAAAUCUAUAACCGAGUGGAAUUACUACAAUUCCGCGGGCGAAUUUCGAGUGGACAAAGAGGGAUCUCCAGUUUUGCUCAACUGUCUCAUGUACAAAAUGUGCUAUUAUAGAUUCGGUCAAAUCUACACUGAAGGCGGCAAGCCGCCAGGCUAUGACAGAGUCAGAAAUAUGGAAAUUGGAAAUAAGGACUUUGAGUUGGAUACGUUAGAAGAGGCGUACACGACAGAACAUUGGCUCGUACGAAUUUACAAAGUGAAAGAUCUACGAAACAGAGGAGCUUAAAAGUGCUCUCUAACUGGGAUUCGUAUCGUCACAGGUUUAUUAUGUUACAAAUGUUCUUUUUUGUUUUUUUUUUUUAUAUUUACAUUUACUUACGCAUGCGUUUCGCGAUGAACACUGCGAAAUCUGAUACUCACAUACGGCGUAUCAGAUUGUAUCUCAAUAUAUCCCGUGUAACCGAAACUUUUGUAGAUAAACUCUCGCCGUAAACAUGAAAACGAUAUUAAAUAUAAAUAUAUACAAUUUAUCAAAAUUUCGAAAUGUAUGUUUUGCAUGUAUUUCUCCCGGUAUUGAAUUUCGACUAAAGUCAUAACAUUGAACAAACAUGACUAAUUAGGAUAAUUGUUCAUGGAUAUUCGCAAAUGUCUGUUUUUAAUAUAAGUAAAAAGGAUUGUUUCAUACAUAUUUCGCAUCUAAUGCGCUACAGUAUUGAACAAUUAUAUUAUCGAAAGCAUCCUUUUAUUCUCCAAGAAAUCGUGUCGUAAAUAAAUAUUUCAUAAAGUUUACAUUAUAUUACGCUAUUGCUUGGUGACACGAGUAUGGUCACGAAUGUUUAAGUUGGUACUAAAAAUUAAAUGCAAGACUAUCUAUAGGUGGAUUAACGUACAUUACAGCCUAAAUAUAAUGAAAUUCGAACAAGGCAAUGUAAUUAGAUUGCAUUGCACUUAGGCCACAGAUGUAUAAAUAUGGAAAUGAAUGCGAAUAGGAGCAUGCAUUUUAUAUUUUUUAUUCUAUAUAUAUAUUUAACAGAUUGUAAACCCUUAAAACUUAAGGAUUAGGAAAUACUUGAAUAAAUGUCUUUUAUUUCAAAGCUAA